AUGUAUGCUCCUUCUCCAACAGUAACCCCCAUCUCUAUCUCUGUGGCGCUUCUCUUCCAGGCCCUAGGCCUGAGGCCUAGUUGUGUAAGCUGGGUCUGGUAAUGGUCAGCCAGGGGCAGGCCUGUGGGUGCUGUAUUGAACUGUGGGAGUAGUAGUAGUAAGACCUGAGUCAGAAUUGGCUGGAGAGCUUCCAUUGUACUGGUCUGAAAUCAGUUAUGUGUUUAAAUAGUAGUCCUACUACCUGGGAAGUGGAUAUGCUUAUGGACUGAGAGAGGAAAUAAAUGUUUGCUUUUCUGUUUACUUGAUAAACAAUCCAGUUCAUAGAAAGCAAAGAGCAUCCCAAAAAAUUCCAUUGUGUGACCCAGUUCUGUUGUCUUAAAUCAGAAAUGGAUUCCAGUGAAUGGAAUCAAUAGUUCUGUUCACUGCUCAUUCAUCAUUUAAACCCACUGACCUUAAAAGACUCCGGCUUCUAUCCAUUUGAAUGUUUCCAUCUGCCUCCAAUUCACUUUAGACACUGUGAAUGUCAGAUAUAGAAUUGAAAUGUAUGACAUUUUGGGUUUACAUCCCAAUAUUGCACUUUAUAUACAUCACAGAAGACUGAAAUAUAACAAAACCGUUUGACAUAGAAACUCUGGAUUUUCUGCGUGAUAAAUCAUAUAUAUUAAUAAUCAAAUUAAUUAAACGUCUCCCGAGUGGCGCAGUGGUCUAAGGCACUGCAUCGCAGUGCUAGCUGUGCCACUAGAGAUCCUGGUUCAAAUCCAGGUUCUCUAGCCGGCCGCGACGUAGCCGGCCGCGACCGGGAGACCCAUUGGGCGGCGCACAAUUGGCCCAGCGUCGUCCAGGGUAGGGGAGGGAAUGGCCGGCAGGGAUGUAGCUCAGUUGGUAGAGCAUGGCGUUUGCAACGCCAGGGUUGUGGGUUCGUUUCCCCAAAUAAUGUAUGCACUCACUAACUGUAAGUCGCUCUGGAUAAGAGCGUCUGCUAAAUGACUAAAAAUGUUUAAAAAAUAGUUAAAUAAUAUUACACCCAUGAGGCCACUAGAGGGCGAUUUGGUCAUUUGACUACAGGAAAGGGAUCAUGGAGAGGAUAUGGGCUCUUUGUGCAUUCCCCUGUCCUUGGAUCCUGACACAUGGUUAUGGGUGACUGAGGAUGUCUUUAACCUCCAUAUGAUGGCUUCCAUUACAUUAACAUUUUAGUAAUUUAGCAGACGCUCUUAUCCAGAGUGACUUACAGUUAGUUAGUGCAUUCAUCUUAAGAUAACUAGGUGGGACAACCACAUCACAGUCAUAGUAAGUACAUUUUUCCUCAAUAAGGUAGCUAUCAGCAAAGUCAGAGCUAGUAAUGGGGAGAAGUAAAGUGCGAAUGUUAGUUCACAAAAGGCAUUUUUGCCGUGUGCGGAGGAGCGGGGUGACAUGGGAGAACUUGGGAUGGUUAAACACCAGGCGGGCAGUAGCGUUCUGGAUAAGUUGCAGUAAUUGAUGGCACAAGCGGGGAGCCCAGCCAACAGUAAGUUGCAGUAAUUCAGACGGGAGAUGACAAGUGCCUGGAUUAGGACCUGCGCCACUUCCUGUCUGAGCUAGGGUCGUACUCUACGGAUGUUGUAGAGCAUGAACCUGCAGGAGCGAGUCACUGCUUUUAUGUUUUCAGAGAACGACAGGGUGUUGUCCAGGGUCACGCUUUGGUUCUCUGCAUUCUGGAAGGGGGACACCGUGGAGUUGUCAAUCUUGAUGGAGAGGUCUUUGAGUGGGCAGCCCUUCCCCGGAAGGAAAAGCAGCUCCAUCUUGUCAAGGUUGAGCUUGAGUUGGUGGGCCGACAUCUAAGCUGAGAUAUCUGCCAGGCACGCAGAGAUGCGUGUCGCCACCUGGGUGUCAGAAGCGGGAAGGAGAAAAGUAGUUGAGUCAUCCGCAUAGCAAUGAUAGGAGAGACCAUGUGAGGAUUCCAUCCAUGAAACAUCCUCUUAGCAGGAUGUGCUUCUUUCUAGUACAACACAUUACUGUGUCAGUGUGACCCUGAUAUCUGUCUAACCUUUGACCUCUCGUCCCCCUCUCUUCUCCCAGGCGGAGGGUGAUGUGGCGGGUCUGAACCGCAGGAUCCAGCUGGUGGAGGAGGAGUUGGACCGGGCCCAGGAGAGGCUGGCCACCGCGCUGCAGAAACUGGAGGAGGCCGAGAAGGCUGCGGACGAGAGCGAGAGGUCAGUACCAGCCAGCCACAGAAACUGAUGUAUUUACAAUCUUUCAUCUUUAAUUUGACCGCAUAUUUAUAUUUAUAUGCCCGUUUUCCUGCUGGUUUGAGGCCCAUUGGAUAGUACCAGGCACAUGCAGCUUGCUUUGAUGGUUCUUUAUUGUUAUAGGUUUUGACGCCAUGUCCAUUGCUAGCAAAUGACCAGCCCCUUCAUUAGCGUACUGAAAGCGAUAUUUCCCGGAAAGCCAUCUUGAAUGUGUAAAACAAUUCAAUGUGCCUCCAUAUUGGGUGGGCUGUGUAAAUUAUACUUGAAAUUGAGUGUGUCUUGGGUGUUGCUGACAUUACUGUGUGUCCUGUACUAUCAGAGGCAUGAAGGUGAUAGAGAACCGGGCCUCCAAGGACGAGGAGAAGAUGGAGAUGCAGGAGAUGCAGCUAAAGGAGGCCAAACACAUCGCUGAGGAGGCCGACCGCAAAUACGAGGAGGUGAGACUUCACAUGGUCCCAUAGAGUUUGGCCUGUCUGGGGUUAAAUCCACUCAUAGAAGUAUCCCUUAACACACUCCUACUGUUCCACUAAUAUGGUUCGCUCUCUACUUUAGGUGGCCCGUAAGCUGGUGAUCCUUGAGGGAGAACUGGAGAGAGCUGAGGAGAGGGCUGAGGUCUCAGAACUGUAAGUGCAGCACACACCUCCUACACUGAAAUAAGAGGGUAAACAAAGGUCCUUGAAAUGAACAUGUGACGAUCCUUCCAGUAUUGUGUAUGUCAUUAUUGAGAUGCCAAUCAAUGCUAAGUCAUUUUCUUCCUUUAUUCGGCGGUAGUAAAUGCAGUGAUCUGGAGGAGGAGUUGAAAAAUGUGACCAACAACCUCAAAUCCCUAGAAGCCUCAUCUGAGAAGGUCAGUGUGCAUACUAUUACAUCAUACAAGUAAAUACAGUCAACUACUGAUGAGUGCAAACUCAGUUUAAAUGCAGUGUAGAUCACCAGUCCCAAUUCAAAUACAUUCUUUUAACUUAUUCUGAUAUCUGCAUGUUCUGGGUUAGUUCACCCACUUAAGGCAGUCCCAAAUCAGGAGUUGACUAUACAUGGCUGACAUGCAAGCAGAGUUGUUUUGAGUAUAAUCACUGCCUGACACACUUUAAUCUUCAGACAUCUGAACAAAGAUGCUGUUAUCACCUGACAAAUUGGAUGUUGAUUUCUUUAUGAUAAUGUUGAUGGAACAUAAAGCCCUGGACCAGCACAGACCUUUCUCUGCAUUCCUACCCAGCCAGCUUAGUGCCAGUCAUGCCACAUGAAUCCCCCUCAGCCACUUAAGUAGUUGCCCAGUGCUGAUUAAAUCACUGCCCUUCUCAUGGUUGGCAUCACAGCACGAUGUGUUCCUUAUACCCAUGCUAACACACUGCCAGUUUAUCAUACCUGAAGAGUUGUAUUUAGGGUUGCAAAGCUACCGGUAAUUUACCAAAGUUACAGUAAUUUUGGUAAUUAACAGAAAUUAUACAGUGCCUUGCAAAAGUAUUCAUCCCCCUUGGUGUUUUCCUAUUUUGUUGCAUUACAACCGGUAAUUUAAAUGUAUUUUUAUUUGGAUUUCAUGUAAUGGACAAAAUAGUCAAAAUUGGUGAAAUGAAAAAACAACUUGUUUAAAAAAAGUAUAAAAAAUAAAUAACGGAAAAGUGGUGCGUGCAUAUGAAGACCCUAAAUAAGGUCUGGUGCAACCAAUUACCUUCAGAAGUCACAUAAAUAAGUAAAUAGUUAAAUAAAGUCCACCUGUGUGCAAUCGAAGUGUCACAUGAUCUCAGUAUACAGUUGAAGUCAGAAGUUUACAUACACUUAGGUUGGAGACAUUUAAAACUCGUUUUUCAACCACUCCACAAAUUUCUUGUUAACAAACUAUAGUUUUGGCAAGUCAGUUAGGACAUCUACAGUGGGGAGAACAAGUAUUUGAUACACUGCCGAUUUUGCAGGUUUUCCUACUUACAAAGCAUGUAGAGGUCUGUAAUUUUUAUCAUAGGUACACUUCAACUGUGAGAGAUGGAAUCUAAAAUAAAAAUCCAGAAAAUCACAUUGUAUGAUUUUUAAGUAAUUAAUUUGCAUUUUAUUGCAUGACAUAAGUAUUUGAUACAUCAGAAAAGCAUAACUUAAUAUUUGGUACAGAAACCUUUGUUUGCAAUUACAGAGAUCAUACGUUUCCUGUAGGUCUUGACCAGGUUUGCACACACUGCAGCAGGGAUUUUGGCCCACUCCUCCAUACAGACCUUCUCCAGAUCCUUCAGAUUUCGGGGCUGUCGCUGGGCAAUACGGACUUUCAGCUCCCUCCAAAUAUUUUCUAUUGGAUUCAGGUCUGGAGACUGGCUAGGCCACUCCUGGACCUUGAGAUGCUUCUUACGGAGCCAUUCCUUAGUUGCCCUGGCUGUGUGUUUCGGGUCGUUGUCAUGCUGGAAGACCCAGCCACGACCCAUCUUCAAUGCUCUUACUGAGGGAAGGAGGUUGUUGGCCAAGAUCUCGCGAUACAUGGCCCCAUCCAUCCUCCCCUCAAUACGGUGCAGUCAUCCUGUCCCCUUUGCAGAAAAGCAUCCCCAAAGAAUGAUGUUUCCACCUCCAUGCUUCACGGUUGGGAUGGUGUUCUUGGGGUUGUACUCAUCCUUCUUCUUCCUCCAAACACGGCGAGUGGAGUUUAGACCAAAAAGCUCUAUUUUUGUCUCAUCAGACCACAUCACCUUCUCCCAUUCCUCCUCUGGAUCAUCCAGAUGGUCAUUGGCAAACUUCAGACGGGCCUGGACAUGCGCUGGCUUGAGCAGGAGGACCUUGCGUGCGCUGCAGGAUUUUAAUCCAUGACGGCGUAGUGUGUUACUAAUGGUUUUCUUUGAGACUGUGGUCCCAGCUCUCUUCAGGUCAUUGACCAGGUCCUGCCGUGUAGUUCUGGGCUUAUCACUCACCUUCCUCAUGAUCAUUGAUGCCCCACGAGGUGAGAUCUUGCAUGGAGCCCCAGACCGAGGGUGAUUGACCGUCAUCUUGAACUUCUUCCAUUUUCUAAUAAUUGCGCCAACAGUUGUUGCCUUCUCACCAAGCUGCUUGCCUAUUGUCCUGUAGCCCAUCCCAGCCUUGUGCACGUCUACAAUUUUAUCCCUGAUGUCCUUACACAGCUCUCUGGUCUUGGCCAUUGUGGAGAGGUUGGAGUCUGUUUGAUUGAGUGUGUGGACAGGUGUCUUUUAUACAGGUAACGAGUUCAAACAGGUGCAGUUAAUACAGGUAAUGAGUGGAGAACAGGAGGGCUUCUUAAAGAAAAACUAACAGGUCUGUGAGAGCCGGAAUUCUUACUGGUUGGUAGGUGAUCAAAUACUUAUGUCAUGCAAUAAAAUGCAAAUGAAUUACUUAAAAAUCAUACAAUGUGAUUUUCUGGAUUUUUGUUUUAGAUUCCGUCUCCCACAGUUGAUGUGUACCUAUGAUAAAAAUUACAGACCUCUACAUGCUUUGUAAGUAGGAAAACCUGCAAAAUCGGCAGUGUAUCAAAUACUUGUUCUCCCCACUGUAUAUCAUAAUUUUGGUAAUAUUUACUUGAAUAACUUAAAUGUUUUAUUCAUAUAUAGUAUUCAUUUUGUUAUACUUGUGUCCGUAUUGUCCAUGAGUUUAUUGUAGAUAGACCAUGUAGUUAAAGAAAAAAAAAAGCCAAAUUAAUGAAAAAAGCAUCUAAUCAACAAUGGCAUUAUUUUCAAUUAACUCUGCAACUCUUCAAACAAUUUACUUUUUUUCACAACUGCCACCAGUUUGACGCCAAAACAUUAACAAAUACAUAUUGACAUAGUAAAAUAAAUAAUACAAGUUUGUAAAAAAACAUAUGAUGGAUAUUUCAGGCUGAAACCCUCAUAUUAAACACCAUUGGUAUUCACUAAGUUGAUGCUUUAUAUUUAGGAUAAUGUUUUACAGCUUUGUCAUUCCAAUCUUUUUAUUUUAAAAUCAUCUUAUUUAAUAUAUUUUACAUGUGAUAAGGUCACACAGAGAGCCAAGAGAUUAUUACAGACACCUGUGAUAAUCUGAAGUACCCAAAAGGGCCACUAGAUGUUUGUGAUAGAUUACAUAAAAUCCUUGAAAGAUACCAAAAUGUUGGUCGUUUACUGGUAAACGUUUUCAGUAAUAUAGCCUCCCUUUGCAACCCUAGUUGCAUUACAGCGAAGCAUGGUUGACAAACAGUCCUGCAAGAUUAUCGCUCUCAAUGCACUUUCAUGUCUGUCUGUUUCUGUAUUCGUAUCUGUCUCUGAGAUGUCUGGUCUGACAUGUUCAAGAUUUCAGAGCUUGCCUGUAACAGACUUUGUCUUGUAUUUUGACAGUACUCAGAAAAAGAGGACAAGUAUGAGGAGGAGAUCAAGGUUCUUAGUGACAAGCUGAAGGAGGUAAGUGGCUGCUGGCAUCUUAUUUGAUUCUUAGUUCAUACAGUAGUAAGCCAAUUUGCUCCAUGUCAAAAAUGCCAUCCUGUUCUGACCCCCCCUCCCUCUGUGUCCCCCAGGCUGAGACUCGUGCAGAGUUUGCAGAAAGGACAGUGGCCAAACUGGAAAAGUCCAUCGACGACCUGGAAGGUAUGAGUGCUUAAAACGCUGUUGCAAACUGCUCUAUGGUAUUUAGAUAAAAGAGAAGGUAAACGUAUCUUAGCGUGGAGAGAAAGUUCCUGUAAAUUAGACAUACUUUAUUGCAGAAGAUUAAACUAUAUUUUGAAAAGAACUGUUUUAUCAUUGUUCUCAGUUGCAUCUCAGACUUCUAAACCUGAGUUGCUCUAAUGAGAACAUUCCAUGUCAGUAAAGUAGGAAAGAUGUCGAGCUGUUCAGGACUGUUCAGGAUUCCCCAGUGUAUGUAGUUUCCUAGGUCAAGAGGUCUAGAUAUUUAAUCCUCUCCCUGAGCAAUGAAACGACAUGUUAUUAUGCACAGUUCCAUUUUGUGAUGCAGUUUCACAUUGAAACGGUCCUAGCUAAAGUUUUGUUUCAACUAGCUGGAAAUAUUUAUCUGGAAGAAAGGGUACCCUGCCAAACAUAUGGAAACUUCUCCAACAAGCUAAUAAAACACACUGCCUUGGUCUCAAGUGUAAAGAAAUAUGUAGGCCCAUUUUCUACUAACCAAUGAGCACCUAUUUUGGUCUGAUGUCUGCACUAAGAACAGAGUGCUCAAAUUCCUUUUAGAUCAGCAUUUUUGGUUCUAGAGCCACAUGUAACGGGUUUACCGAUAUGAAGUACUUUUCUGAAAACCUUGAUAUAGGCAUAAAUGCUUAAGGUAGUCAUCUCCUGCCCCCCCAAAAAGAUUUGCAACAUAUUUUCAUUUUAGAAUGCUCACAGGUAGACAAACAUCUCUUAUCUUUCUGGCAUAUUCUCUUCUUUCAUUUUUAUACUGUAUGAAUUUUCUCUUUUGCAUCCACUGACCUGUCCUCUCUUUCUCUUCCCUCUUUUUUUGCCGCCACUUCCUUUUUGAUUCCCUGUCCUGUCCUCCACCUCUCUCGGCUGCUGCUGCUGCUGCUUUCCUUGUGCCUUACCUGCACUACUUCCUGCUGCCCUUUGACCUCCAGAUGAACUUUACGCUCAGAAGCUGAAGUACAAGGCUAUCAGCGAGGAGCUGGACCAUGCCCUCAAUGACAUGACCUCCUUGUAG